AUGGUGCAGGUUGUUAUGCCCUCAAAGACUGUUGACACGGACCCUAAGCUUUUGCGCGCAUUAAAGGCUGAUUCAGAGACACUGCAGGAAAUUAGCGAUAACUUCACUCCUCUAAUAAAACAAUUUCGCGCCUAUUUGUUUUGGGAACAAGAGAAGACCAGCCUUGGAGUAACCUUGGAUUAUGUGCGUCCCUUCCUAUCUCGUGUAGUCACAGAGAGCUUAGCUGCCCCGAUUCUAGACAACACCGACCGCGCCGGCUUAAGAGCGGAUCAUGCAAACAUAUGCAAGUUUGUUUCCAGAAACGCUCCUAGAUACAGACUGGUCGUAUUGACAAUGAUCCGCUACUCGCUAGACGCCCCGAGCACUAUAUCCUAG